AUCCCCAGCCCGGGAUUUGGACCGGUUCGCCUCUCUCACCAUGCUCUCCACGGCGGAUCUCACGAGCCCGGCAAUCUCCACCACAGCCUUCUGCAUCGGGAUUGCUCUCCAUGUUUUUGUCUUUCGCAUAGGAGAAUGGGACCUUGCGACUACCAAGCUGUUGAAGGUCUUUGCGACCGCUAACGUUGUUCUGGUGUUUCUCGUGAAAGCUGUACUUCUCCCAUACCCUGACAACACAGCAUGGACGGCACUCAAAAUUGUCUCCUGGCUGGCAACAAGCCUGGUUGCGGGGAUCGAGAUCAGUAUGUUGGUAUAUCGUGUUCUUUUCCAUCGUCUGGGCCGCUUCCCGGGUCCCUUUGCGGCUCGUGUCUCCAACUUCUAUGGGACACUGCUCUCGGCCAAGAACUUGCAUCUCUAUGAAGAAGUAGAGAAGCUACAUGGUACAUACGGGGACUUUGUACGACUGGGACCCUCUGAGCUAUCCAUCAACAACCCCAAGGCUGUGCAUGCGAUUUCCUCCUCCCAAUCGCCUUGCACCAAGGGUCCAUUUUACACCGUGCUGGACCCGCGUAAGUCCAUGCAUAUGAUCCGCGACCCGGCUGAACAUACUCGUCGCCGAAAGGUGUGGGAUCAUGCGUUUAGUGCGAAAUCACUCCGUGAUUAUGAGCCCCGUGUUGCUCGGUAUACGGAUCAACUAAUGGCGCAUCUGGAGAAGACCAAGGGACAACCCGUCAAUGUGUCCGACUGGUUCAACUUCUAUAGUUUCGACGUGAUGGGCGAUUUGGCCUUUGGAAAGUCUUUCAAUAUGCUGGAGAAUGGCGUCAAGCAUUAUUUCAUGACUUCGCUGCACGCCGAUAUGACCAAUGUUGGUGUGCUGGGUCGUCUGCCGUGGCUUUUUCCGAUCUUUAAGGCCACGCCUGUCGUUAAUUACGAGCACAUGCGAUUUUGGGAAUGGGUAGAUAAGCAAGUCGCUGACCGGAAGAAGGCAACCCCUGACAAGCCGGAUGUCUUCGAAUGGCUCCUCAGAGACUACAACGCACAAGAAAAGCCCACCUUCAACGACGAAAUGUACCUAGCCGGCGACGCAUACUUGGUCGCCGUCGCAGGAAGCGACACCACAGCCGCAAGUCUGAUCACGUUAUUCUUCCAACUAGCUCUGGAUCCCCGGGUACUGAAGACCCUCCAAGAUGAAGUUGACCAAUACUUUGAGACCGUGGAGACUGUUGACUACAUGAGUCUCUCAAAACUCCCAUAUCUCGACGCCGUCAUCACUGAGACCAUGCGCCUCCAUCCCCCGGUUCCUUCCGGUGUGCAGCGGAUGACUCCUCCUGACGGGUUGCUGAUUGACAAUACCUGGAUCCCGGGGAGCACCAUUGUGCAGGUCCCUUACCACACGCUAUUCAGAGACGAGCGACUCUUUCUCCAGCCCCAAGAUUUCAUUCCCGAACGGUGGACAUCCCGUCCAGAGCUAAUCAAGGACUCUUCGCCAUUCGUGCCAUUCUCAACAGGUCGCUACGGCUGUAUCGGAAAACAGCUUGGACUCAUGGAACUCCGAUACGUGGUGUCGCAGAUUGUCCGGCGGUACGAUGUCGAGUUUGCUCCUGGCCAAACCGCCGAGGCGUUUUUAGAGGGCAAGCGAGAUGCGUUUACGUUGUCGUUGGGGGCGCUGGAGUUGGUGCUUAAGUCGAGGAAGUAACAUUUGAUCUCUGGCUUAUUCAAUCGUAUUUUGAGGGAUGGAGAUCUUCUCCAUCUGUUAUCAGAUGCGUAUAUGCUGCGACAGCCCGAUGGCGUAGUAGGAUUAAAUAGUAUUGACCCAUACAACGCAUCCUCACGAUAACCGCUGAAGAAUGUGGGAAUCUAGAUAGGUAUACCAAAAACGACUAAAAU